GCAGACUCGUACAAAUAUGGCUGUGUAGCCCGCUGCGGUGGCGGGCGGGCGACAUGUUACGUCGCGGCGCGGUGCGCUCGCCGAUCGAUAUUCCGACGAUGUGACGUACAAAUGUCGGCCGAUGCCAACGGCGAUGUGGACGCACCACCAUCGUCUGCAACUCGCGUGUGAUCUGUGUGCGCUGAGCGCGUCCGACGACGCCGCCGACGCAAUGUUCUCGCUGUGAAUAUCGGCGCCCAGACGGACGACCCACCAACGAGUGUUGUGCACAACAUACACACGCAGCUGGAGGCUACCCUGCAUUCCGGGUGUAAAUAAAUGGUGAUGAUGAACACCUCCAACGGCAGCCAGGCGGAGCAAAUCACGAUGGUGGUGCAAGAUCCGGACGAUAUGUCGGACGACGACGAUGACAACUGUCCGUCGUCGCCUGGCUCCACGUACGACGCCAGCACGGAUUUCAUGACCUCCGCAAUGGAGGACGAAGUCACCGCGCAGCUUGCAGCCGCAGGUCCAGUUGGCGUCGCAGCGGCCGCGGCGAUUGUCUCGGCGAAGAAACGCAAGCGCCCGCAUUCGUUCGAAACCAACCCGUCGAUCCGCAAACGCCAGCAGAACCGCCUCCUGCGAAAACUCCGCCAGACCAUUGACGAGUUUGCAACGCGCGUUGGCCAACAAGCUAUUGUCCUGGUAGCCACGCCAGGUAAACCCAACACAAGCUACAAAGUCUUCGGCGCGAAACCCUUGGAAGACGUCAUCCGGAACCUCAAAUCAAUGAUCAUGGAAGAACUAGAAAGUGCGUUAGCACAUCAAGCACCGCCUCCGGUCCAAGACGACCCCACAUUAUUCGAACUACCACCGUUGAUCAUCGACGGUAUACCCACACCGGUCGAGAAAAUGACCCAGGCCCAAUUACGGGCCUUCAUCCCUCUCAUGCUGAAAUACUCUACGGGUAGAGGUAAACCUGGAUGGGGGCGGGAGUCCACACGACCGCUAUGGUGGCCGAAAGAGUUACCCUGGGCGAACGUCCGCAUGGACGCACGCAGCGAAGAUGAAAAACAAAAGAUCUCCUGGACGCAUGCCUUACGACAGAUCGUCAUCAACUGCUACAAGUAUCACGGGCGCGAGGAUCUCCUGCCCGCAUUCAACGAAGAGGACGAGAAGGCGAACGCGGCGGCGACGGCGAACGCAAAUGUCGGUACCGUGCUCAAGAUGCACACUUCGACGGGCAUGCACAAGAUACAGAUCCAAGCUAACGGCUCGCCGCAGAUCAUUGCCGCCUCGCCCGACUGCCUGUCGGGCUCCUCGGCGCAGGUCUGCCUCGACCCCACCGGAUAUAGUUCCGAUGUCGAUAUUUCAACACAGUAUGCGCCGACGGUGCUGCAUACGAUUACGAAUGCGGAUGGUACGGUGAGCAUCGUCCAAGUGGACCCCAACAAUCCGAUUAUUACGCUGCCGGAUGGAACGACGGCGCAUGUGCAAGGUAUGGCUACUAUUCAAUCGCAAGGCGAAACGUUGCAUGCCAUCACCGACGGUGGCCAGACUGAGGUGAUGGAUCUUAAUUCGGUGACGGAAGCGACGCUCAACUCCGAAGGACAGAUUAUUCUCACUGGUGAAGACGGUCAUGUGAGUGGAGUAAUAACGGUACCAGUGUCAGCAUCGAUGUACCAAACGAUGGUGGCGAAUAUUCAGCACCUGCAUACGAACAGCGACGGCACGGUGUGUAUGACACCGGUGGUGCAAGUACCGAAAGUCGAACCGAACAGCGGUGAAAUGGAAACGGUGACGUUAACGCAAGGCGGACUAACGCCAAUGAUGCUGCAGAGCACCGGCGAUGGUCAAACGCAGGUUCUGCAAGUGCUGUCACUGAAAGACGCCACCGUACUGACGAAGGCGAUGGGCAUCGCUGAUGUGAAGACCGAGGAGACGAUUAUUGGCGAUCAGGGCUAAGCGCGUGCGAACGCGCGCGCGCCAAUUUGUACAUAAUACUAAUUGUGGUCGUUGUGAGUGUGCCAUCUCUGUGGAUUGCUAGUUUUUAAGUAGGCAAAGGAUGAGGGAGCGUUGCGCGGCUUGCGGUCGGUGCCAAAGGCAACAAAACGAGUACCUACUGUGUUAAUUUUAAUCGCUAGAUAUGUGUAUCGAUGAUUUUCGUUUCCGACGACGUUUGGUUACCCCCGCCACCCCCCAGGUAGUAGUUAAUUUCAUCAGCUCAGUAUAUGAUUAUUACGUUUAGGCGUCGGACCAAGUGGAGCAGAGCAGAGCACAAACGACUACGCCCCCCCCCCGGAUCGGACGGACGAUGAAACAAACAAGCAGACAUUUAUUUUUUUAUAUUUUAACAUAACUAGGAAAUUAUCCAAAGAAUUUAGGGAGUUUUUAGACACCCGAGGCAGGGAGUAAAACGAGUGUGUGAAAUACUUAAUUAAUUGCGCGCGCCGUCUUAACUUGUACAUACUGUACUAUUAUUAGUUACUAGAAUCUUCUCCUGCACACGAGUCACAUUUAUUAUUUUCUUGAUUUGAUUUCGGUUUAUUCAAAGAAUUGGUUUUUACGUUUCGCGUCUUGCGAAUCAUUCCGGACAGAGCUUGUCUUUGGAUUGAGGCGGUGGUUCAUGGUUUACUGAUGGAUACUUAGUAAUUUAAUGAUGAUGAUGAUAAAUUUAAAAAGGAAUGAAUGCGAGCGGAUGUCUUUCGACGACUUGGUUGAUUCAAGUUUUUUCUGGAGGAAACACUAAAACCUGUUGUCUUGUAAAAAUUAUUGUACUCUGAAUUUUUAAAAAGUAACUACACUACCAAAUAAAACAAAAACUUGAGAACA